UGAAUGACUGAGGACCUUGAUAAAAGUUCGAUGACUGUGAGGAGUAGAAUAUUCUGAUUAAAGAAGAUAGAGAAAUUGUGAUUGUUUUACUGCAAGCUGUUAUUUUCUUGUGUGCAUUUGUCAAAAGUGACUACAAUUUCUUUAUUUUCCUCACUCUCAGACAAAGAGCAAGAGUUGGAACGUUAGAAUAUUUUACGCAAUCGUGUGAUUCUUCUGGAUAACACACCCUAAAUUAUUGAUCCCUCGCUAGCAAGAGAAACGGAAUCGAAAACUGUAAAUUAUUUCAUUCGACGUCCUACACAUUUCCCCCAUAUCAAUAAAGGAAAUUCCAAUAAGAAAAUAAAAAUAGAAUAAUCAGACGUAUCCGCGCUAAGACCCUGUCUGACAAUGGUCACAAUCAAUGUGACUGCAGUCAGAUAGCAAAACAAAUCAGAGCAAACUAGGAAAAGAGGAAAAUGACUGAAAACCUGGAACCUGUAUCUGCAGAUUUGUAUCGUCGUCGCGUCCAGAAUGGCGAUCUUCGUAAACUUUCUGGGGUUGAUUGGAGUCGAGGUUCCCUGGCUUCACAGUCCCUACCUGAAGAGGCACAGAGAAGUUUAGAUAAUCAGUAUAAACAGACCAUAGAGAAAAAAUCUCCAUAUUCUAUCUGGAAUGUUAUGUGGUUGCUUACAGCUAUGGCAACAUUUUACUACUCUGACUUCUAUCCAGCAUUACUGUAUGACACACGCAUAAACAGAUUCUGGCUCAAUCUUGGUGCUUUGCUUAUUGGGGUGAAUAUUACAAUUGGUGCCUUCCUCAUCUUAUGGACUAGUUGCAUCAAGAAGAUAUCAUCCGAUGAAUGGGAAAGACAGUACCCAGCUGCUAUUCCAACUGCAACAGCUUCCUUUAUCAUUGGAGCUGUAUGUGUCACAAUUGGUCUUUGGCCAGUAUGGAGCAUCCUUACUCCAUUGAUCCUCUUCCUCAUUUUCAUGGGAUUUGUGGUUAUUGUUGCCGUGAUACCAAAUUUCUAAAACAUUGCCACCCACUCUCAACAUUUAUUGGAGAAUCAUUCCAUGGAGGAGGACAUAUUUGUGGUAUGAGCAUCUUUACCUGACAAAAAGAAAUCAGUACCUAGUGCCUUGGUGAAGUUUAAAACCCCAUUGGAUUAAACCGUUAUUCUCUGAUGUGUAAUUUUUUUUCCUUGCCUACACUGGUGACAUUUACUGAAGUUCUAGGACCAGGUGUUGUUCACAUGGUUCUUAAAGCAGUGUCUGUUAUCUAAUAUUGCCAGAGUUUUUCAUGAGUAUUUAUGAUCCAGCUUAGCAUCUGUUCUAUGUAACUGAAGUGUUCUUUGACUGAAUAGUAUCUCAGUAACCUACAUAUAGUAUCUGCAUAACCUUUGUGGUCAAUGAUUAUUUCCACCUCUAUAAACAUGUCUUAAAGACAAGUUAAGGUGGUUAACCUGAUUAUUUCAUUAUCUUAAACUUUUGAAACCACAACGGGAGCUUCUUUUGUAAGCAACAACUUUGUUAGAGGAGCUAACCCUUCUACAUUGCCUUCCAUGUAUUUCUAAUAAUGAUGUAAGGGUUUGACACUAAAAUAUCAAUAGCUGGAGACCACUGACUUAGGAAUUUCUCAGAAAAGAUACGCACAUACUGUUUCUCAAAUUUGUUUUAUGACAAUGCUCUACUGUUGUACUACGCAGAGUUACUGCUAAGUUUAUAUUUGCUGCAUAAGAUAAAAAGAAAACAAGAAAAAUUUAAUAAAUAUUUUCUUUAACAUC